UUUGCAAAGAGAACAUGCAGUUACGUUUUCUACAGAGCAUUAAAAUAAAGUUUACUGAUCACAAAAUCUUAAAAUUUAAAAAUGGUAGAUGCUUUCUGUGGCACAUGGAAACUGGUCAACAGUGAGAAUUUCGAUGAGUAUAUGAAAGCUCUAGGUGUUGGGUUUGCAACAAGACAAGUUGGAAAUGUGACUAAACCGACCCUCAUCAUCUCCAAAGAGGGAGACAAAGUGAUCAUAAAAACACAGAGUACUUUCAAGAACACUGAGAUCUCAUUCAAACUGGGAGAGGAGUUUGAUGAGACCACCGCAGAUGACCGACACUGUAAAUCCACUGUGGUAUUGGAUGGAGACCAGCUUGUUUAUGUGCAGAAGUGGGAUGGAAAAGAAACCACCUUUGUCCGGGAGAUCAAGGACGGGAAAAUGGUGACGACACUCACCUUUGGGGACACGGUGUCUGUGCGCACCUAUGAAAAAGCAUAAGUUUGGGGAAUAUUAUGGGGAUUUGUCCUUCAGGCAACAACGGAUACGAUGCGUUUUGGUGCUUUACGGAAAAAAAAACUUUGCUCUUCAUUCCUCCAAAUCUAAGCAUGGACUACAAAUAUUUUUGAUCGAUUUUUUAAAAUACUUCUGAGACAGUACGAUUCAUUUGUAAUAAAGUACCAGACAAAAAAGAUGGCUUGUGUG